GAGUUAAUUACGAUUGAGCGAAUAACGUAAUUGGGAUGCCGUGAAAUACUGUAUGAGUUUUGGGCUGCGUGAUCCUAUUCAUUGGAUUCCACAUGCAUACGUAAUACUUUAAUCUUGGCAACCCUUCCAUUUUGUUUUUCUCGCGAUUUACCUGUUAUUUUGCAAAUUUUUUCAACUAGUCACUUUUAUUCAAAGAAGUGUUCGAUAAAUUUACUGCGGAUUACGAAUAGUUUACUUUAUUACAAUGUCGAGCUGUCCAGUUUUUAAUAAAGUUCCAAAUACGCCGGAACAAAACUGUUAUCCUGAUGAUAAGACGGAGUUUCGACAACUUGCAGACCUUGAUAUGCUGAAACACGCUUUGGGCGCAAUGAAUCUUGACGCGUCCGAGGAUAACUACUGCAACAGUUAUUUAAAUGAAACACUCAGUGUUUAUGCCUUACUUGCAAGCGUGGGUUUGGAUUGCUAUAUGGAUUUGUUUAGCUCAAAUAAUAUUGAUUUGGAAAAAUUUUCGGAACUGAGAUAUCGUGAUUUGCAACAAUUAGGCAUCGAAAAUAGCACACACCGCAAUAUUUUAAUGGAGUUAAUUAGCGCGUUUACAUUUAAUUAACCAACUGUAAUUGUCGAGAUGGAUUAAUGAGGCUUGUACAAUGAGUUAUUGUACACAUAGAAAAUUAAAAAAAAAAAUCCAGAAAUAUUAGCUAAACUUCAAAACUAAAAUUUCUUUAGAAAAAAAUAGCAAAUUCACCCCACGUUUUUACACUAAAACAUUAGGAGUGUAUAAUAAAAAUAAUAAAUAAAAGUAUAAUAGCAAUCGUGACCUUUCUUAUUGCCUAUAAAAAUGUAUAAUCUCUUAUGAUAUAUAUCAUAUACUAUUUAUGUGAGUGUUUAAAUUAAGGUAUGUGAACUGUGACCUGUUACCAAAUAUAACUUUACAUAGAUUACUG